AUGAGUACCAUUAGAUGUAUACUUGCUAUUGCAGUCAAGAAAAAUUGGGGUCUUUAUCAAUUAGGUGUGAACAACGCUUUUCUUCAUGGAGAUUUACAUGAGGAGGUCUAUAUGAAGUUUCCUGCUGGUUUAGACCCUCUUGAUCCUAACCUAGUUUGUUGCUUAAGAAAUCUCUCUAUGGGGUUUGUCAAGUAUCUAGGCAGUGUUUAUGUGGACGUUAUUCUGCUCACAGGCAACAAUAUUCAAAAACUAACUGAUUUAAAGCAGUUUUUAGAUCAAGAGUUCAAAAUUAAGGACUUGGGGAACUUAUCUUAUUUUUUGGGCAUGGAAGUGCUUCGUGAGCCAUCUGGUUUGAUCCUUUGCCAACGCAAGUUCAUUCUUGACCUUCUCACUAAGUUUGAUUGUUUUGGUUUGUCCCAUGUCUCCUCUCCUUUGGAUUCUUCCUCUAAGCUUCAUACAUGUGUUGGGCCUCCAAUUUCUGAUCCUCUACUUUAUCGUCGUCUAUUAGGGAAGCUCAAUUUUUUGACUUGUACUCGUCCUGAUAUCUCUUUUGCCGUCCAGCACCUUAGUCAGUUCAUGCAGGAUCCUCGUGAACCUCUUUUUUCUACUGCUCAUCACUGUCUUCGUUACCUUCUUCGUGACCCUGGUUUGGGCCUUUUUAUAUCUGCUGAUCCUUCCCUUGAUUUGCUGCCCUUUUGCGACUCCGAUUGGGUUUCCUAUCCUGAUAGUCGUCGUUCUGUUAGUGGUUUCUUUAUAAGUUUAGGGGGUUGUCCUAUUUCUUGGAAGUCAAAGAAACAUCCUUCGGCCUCCUUGUCUUCUGUUAGGCCGAAUACAGGUCGAUGA